GCCAAAUAUAACUGCGGAGAGCUCAUUCUCACAACUUGAAACUAUUCUUCAACCUGAUCCUAAAAUCCUUCAUUCAGUCCCUCUCCAGACCUUUCGGCACUCACCAUGGCAAACCGUGCGGAGCGAUUGGACCCGUCAGUCCUCACAAUCCAGGACUUAGCAAAAGCCGCCGAAGCCAGGAUCCCCGCAAUUGUUCGAGAUUACUUCAAUGAGGGAGCCGGCGACCUUGUCACGUUAAAAGACAACUCUGCAGCGUUCGAUCGGUACAAACUCCGUCCUCGUGUCCUCCGCGACGUGGACAAUGUCGACACAUCCACGACGAUCUUUGGAACCAGCGUCGCGUUUCCACUCGGCUUUGCCCCGGCGGCAGCACACAGGAUGGCACACCCGGAGGGCGAGAUGGCAACAUCGAGAGCUGCGGCCAAACAAAAUAUCCCCAUGUGCCUAUCAUCCUGGGCGACCACGAGUCUGGAGGAUGUCAUUUCACAGGCCGGUCAGAAUCCAUACGCCAUGCAGAUUACCUUUCUGAGAGACAAUUCCAUUACCAAGGGCAUCAUUGCCCGCGCGGAGAAGGCCGGUUACAAGGCAAUUUUCGUCUCUGUCGACCUUCCCAUUCUCGGCAAUCGUCUGAACGAGAGCCGCAACAACUUCAAAUUCCCGCCAGAGAUGAAGUUUCCCAACCUUGCCGAAGAUGAGACCGAAGCUGGGCUGAAAAACACAUACCAACGGGGCUACGAUCCAACGAUCACAUGGGAGAAGACAAUUCCAUGGCUACGACAAAACACGAAGAUGGAAAUCUGGUUGAAAGGAGUAUACACCGCCGCCGACGUCCAACUAGCCAUCGACUACAAACUGGACGGCGUGAUCAUCUCAAACCACGGAGGUCGCCAGCUCGACGGCGUGCCCGCAACCCUGGAUGCGCUAAGAGAAUGCGGACCAGUUGCACGGGGCAAGAUCCCCCUUGCAAUCGACGGCGGAAUCCGCCGGGGCGCAGACCUGUUCAAAGCCAUUGCCCUCGGCGCAUCUAUGUGUUUCGUGGGUCGGAUUCCCAUCUGGGGACUUGCUGUACGUGUUCCUUCCUAUCUUGAACAAAAAGAAGGGAAACAGUCGUCACACUAACACAAAACGAUUUGCUCCCGCAUAAAGUACAAUGGCGAAGCCGGCGUUGAAUUAGCCGUCAAAAUCUUGCUAGAUGAGUUCCAACGCACCAUGAUGCUCACUGGCUGCAAGACGAUCAAAGAUAUCAACGAAGGCCAUCUGGCGGUUCUUGAAG